AUGGAAAAUCAAGUAAAUGUACCGCCUAAAGCUAAUCUUGCAAACCCACAAAAAUAUAAUUUACCCUUGUCAAGAAACAUUUACCUCAAAACUGAUGAUGACGUAACUUUAGGAGUGUGGCAGAUUUUAAAAAUUGAGGAAAAUCCAAAUCAUGGGAAACAAUCCAAUGAUAGUAUUUUUAAAAAUGCCCUUCUAGAUAGUACAGAUACUAUAAUAUACUUUCACGGUAAUACUGGAAGUAGAUUAUUAGACCAUAGAAUUGAAUUAUACAAGAUAUUAAGAAAACGAUUCCACGUAAUUACUUUUGACUAUAGAGGUUUUGCAGAUUCUACGAACGAACAACCCUCAGAAACGAAGCUCGUUAAAGACUGUGAGUUUGUUUAUAAAUGGGUUGCUAACAAAACACAAGGCAGUAUAUUUCUUUGGGGUCAUUCUUUAGGUACUAGUUUAGUGACACAUUUUUUAUUUAAUUUGAAAAAGAAAAUCACAGAACCUGCAGGCGUUUUCUUAGAAGCUCCGUUUACUAAUAUGGCUGAUGAGAUAAUUGAAAAUCCAAUAGCUAAGAUAUUUACAUUUUUGCCCUGGUUUGAUUAUGUCGCUAUACAACCAAUGAAAAAGAAUGGUCUAACUCUUGAAUCUGAUAAGUAUAUAUGCGAAGUAGAUGCACCUAUAAUUAUUUUACAUGCUCAAGAUGAUAAUGUUAUUCCUAUUAAACUAGCUUUAUGCGAUAGGAAAGAAAUGCAGGCGAGGAACGGCAGGCCCAUAAUCUUUUACGAGUUUCAAUCAAAAUGUGGCUAUCAACACAAAUAUAUUUAUAGAGCACCUGAAAUCGGUGAUAUUAUUAGCGAUUUUGUGUCACUGGCAAAGAAGAGAAAACAAUAG